AUGACUUCCCCCCACGGGGGUCGCGGCGGUGCCCGGGGCCACGGACCGCCAGCCCAGCGUCUGAACAGAAUGGGUAUCACAGGGACUGCGCCAUGCUGGACAAACGGCAUGGAGGGAAGACGCGACCGGCCCGUUUGGACGGCAUCGUGCUAUGUGAUGUUCUUCUGUCUCGCUGGCAGUGAGCAAAGGGGUGGGAAAUACUCUGUAAUGUUUCCACUCAUCUUCGGUCUGGGAAAAGCUUCCUCCUACGGCAAGUUCGAGUUCGAACUGCUUUAUCAUCUCGGUCGAGUCCUGAUCGCCGCCAGGAUGCUGGCAUGCUUCAGACACAACGCCGCUGAGCGAAGACAAAGAUCGCAUCUGAGUCUCAGAUGGUUGCUCCCCAGAGAUACCCACCCCAGGGUACCCUGCGUCUUCUUGACUGAGUACCUAUUCUGGGUCAUCUAUCUCCAUGUACCCAGGCACUGGCCAGACGUUCCUGUCCAACGUCCAACAAGUAUCGAAAAGUUUCGCUAUAAUGUAGCACAAGCGCUCGACCGUACAACGACACAUCGACACAACGACACAACCUCCUCGUUCCCGUCGCCCUUGCUUCAUCGUCCUGCGUCUGGAAACCGGACAACCCAACCAGGGCCGUGUCCGGUCGGCAGAGCGCGCAGUGUCUCGGCUUCAUUCACCGCUUCGGCCAUGUCAGCUGCGCCACAUGCAACAGCCAUCCUACCGGCCCGCUUCCGCUGGUGGGUUCAAAUGCAUCAUGCAUUCAUCGCUCUGGGCGGGGGUCCUCAUAGGCUUUCACAGACUCCCUCUCUCCCGCUCCAGAUGGUCUCCCUCCCACCACGCUCCAUCUCAGCCCUACGAUCCGGAGAAAACAGCAUAAGGGAAGGCCCUACGUGGCCAGGAACCCAACCAUCCACUCGAUGUGCCCUGGAAAGGAGCUUUGGUCAGGGCGGCCUCCUUCCGGCAUCCAAUAACACCGCUGGACUUUGCGUCAAGUGCGCCUACAUAUCACCUACCUUAGCGCUGCUACUCAGCCAUCAACACCCAUUCGUCACGUUCUGCCGCUUCCCUGGGAAAGGAGGCGGCCACCCUCAGCCGCCCAUGAUUGACUGCAUCAAACCCAUCCCACCAACCUUCGCUGCACCUAUGCUUUUUCUCUGCAUCAUCAUCAGCCCUACCGAACAUUGUCUUUGCAGCGUGAUUGGAUUCAGGUCGUUUAAUAGGCACCUCAUGCUUGCCGCCGGCCAUAUCGAAUUCCCUGCCAUCCAAUGA